UGGCUGGGAAUGAAUUUAUACCUGUUUAUUGACACAUUUACCUGGUAUGAAGAUGAAGAUGCCUAUCUCUACACACGGGUUAUGCUAGGUACCACACUUGCCUGGGCAAGAGCUUCGGCCACUUGUCUCAACUUUAACUGCCUGCUAAUCCUCUUACCAGUCAGCAGAAACCUUAUUUCGUUUAUAAGGGGAACAAGUUUUUGUUACAGAGGCAUGCUAAGGAGACAGCUGGAUAAAAACAUCACAUUUCACAAGACUAUUGCCUAUGGAGUAGCUGUAAAUGCAAUUAUCCAUAUCAUUGCACACUUGGUCAAUAUAGAACGAUUUCACUACAGCCAGUCCAAACAAGCAGGUGUUUUAAGUCACACACUAUCUGACAUUGGCAAGAGCCCCAAUGAAAGUUAUUUGAACCCAAUCAGGAGCUAUGAAACAAACACAAUAAGCGAAAUACUGACAUCAAUUGCUGGAAUAACUGGCCUCUUGAUUACAGUGUCGUUAAUUCUGAUUAUGACUUCAUCAACAGAAAUCAUAACAAGAUCCUUUUAUGAGGUGUUCUGGUACACCCAUCACCUAUUCACUGUGUUUUUUAUUGGUCUGGCUAUCCACGGUAUGGGUCAGCUCAUUCGUGGUCAGACCCAUCAGAGUCUUUUGAUGCACAAUGUCACGUACUGUAAAGAUCACUAUCUGGAGUGGGAAGCAUCUGCUCAGUGUCCCCUUCCUCAGUUCUCUGGCAAUGACCCUGCGGCAUGGAAAUGGUUAUUAGGUCCUGUAAUAUUGUACAUUUGUGAAAGGAUGAUCAGGCUCUGGAGAUUUCAGCAAGAGGUUGUCGUUACAAAGGUGGUGUCUCAUUCCUCUGGAGUUCUGGAGCUUCAUAUGAAAAAGCGUGGCUUUCAAAUGGAGGCCGGUCAGUAUAUCUUUCUCCAGUGCCCUGCUAUUUCACAGCUGGAGUGGCAUCCUUUCACCCUCACAUCAGCCCCUGAAGAUGAUUUUUUCAGUGUACAUAUAAGGUCAGUUGGGGAUUGGACUAAGGCCCUUUGCAAUGCCUUUGGAGCAGAGGAAAAAACCUUCAAGGAGCCCUGGAAGCUGCCAAGACUAGCUGUGGAUGGCCCCUUUGGAGCUGUAGCAACAGAUGUGUUUCAGUACCAAAUCAGUGUGUGCAUUGCAACAGGAAUAGGAGUCACUCCUUUUGCUUCAAUUCUGAAAUCAAUUUGGUACAAGUGCUGUAAACAACAUACAGAACUGAAACUGGAAAAGGUUUAUUUCUAUUGGAUUUGCCGAGAUUCGUCUGCCUUUGAGUGGUUUGCUGAUCUCCUGCGUUUGCUGGAAGCACAAAUGACUAAGAAAGGGAAAGCCCAUUUUCUAAGCUAUCACAUAUUUCUUACCGGCUGGGAUGAAAGUCAGGCCACCCAUAUUGCCUUGCAUUCUGAUGAAAAGGUGGAUGUAAUUACUGGCCUGAGACAAAAGACCUAUUAUGGAAGACCAAACUGGGACAAGGAAUUCAAACAGAUAGCAGAAAAUCAUCCUAGUGAUAGCAUUGGUGUUUUCUUUUGUGGACCUAAAAUUAUUUCUAGAAGGCUUCAAAAGGUGUGCAACUGCUAUUCAUCUGCUGAUCCAAGAGGUGUUCAAUUUUACUACAACAAAGAAAAUUUCUAGGUCUUCAUCUUCAUUUAGAAAUGGCAAUUGACUUUUGAAUGCCUG